CGGCUUGGGCGCGGCCAGAUGAUGAAGAAGGUUGUGUCCAAGCAGUCUCCGCCCAAGUUGUUCGAAAAGAAGCGGGCAAAGCUACCUGAGCAGCCCACACCCCCGAUUCAGGAAGAAACAGAGCCUAUUAGCAAUGUCCUACAAGGAGAUGACAUCCUUGCCUUAGCUAUUAAGAAGGAAGACUUAAAGAAGCAACACAUUCCUCGCCCAGGAACGAAAGAUAAACCUGCCAUUACCCAGAAAGUUAUCAUCCGUAAAUUCAAACCCAAGGACUCUACGAGGAAGAUCUGCCACUUAGUAGCACAUCCUGCCACUCCAGACGCAGCCACUAAGCCCCUGGACUACUCCGGCCCAGGUGACAGCUUCGAUGACAGUGAACAGAUCCUGCCGCACCAUAUCUUGGGGAGUCUUCAGGACUUUAAGAGAAUUGCACUUGCUCGAGGGAACACCCAGCUGGCUGAACUGAUACACACCCCACCCUGUCUGAUGGCCCUCAUCUCAGCAAAAGAAGAGCCAGAGCAAAAGAAACCUAAAGCAGAAAAGACACGUCUCUGGGCCCCACCUCCUCAACACAACUUUCUGAAAAACUGGCAGCGCCACAUCACCCUGUGGAAGAAGCAGCAGGAAGCCCUCAGUGAACACCUGAAGAAGCCCGUCAGCGAGCUGCUGAUGCACACCGGGGAGACCUACAGACAGAUCCAGGAGGAGCGGGAGCUCAUUGAUCGUGUCCUUCCUACGCAGCAUGAUGGGAAGUGCUGUGAGGAGAGCAGCGGGUUCUGGAAUCAACUGGAAUACGUGGGAGAUGAAAUGACAGGUCUGACCAUGACGAAGACAAAAAUUCAGCGUGGCCUUAUGGAACCAAUCACUCACAUCAGGAAGCCCCAGUCCAUCCGGGAGGAGAUGGGAUUACCGGCCCAGAAGGAUGCUUGGUACCGCUAUACCUGGGAUCGGAGUCUAUUUCUGAUCUACCGACGCAAGGAGCUGAAGAGCCUCCUGGCUGAGCUGAAUUUUACCCAGCAGGAUAUUGAUGGCCUGGAGGUGGUGGGCAAAGGGCAGCCUUUCUCAGCUGUUACGGUGGAAGACUAUCCACUGUUUGAAAGUACCCAGGAAAGCUCCUCUGAAGACACAGUGAGCUCAGACGUAAUGGCCAGUUACCCUGAUGUGACCCUCAUGCCUGUUCUUGGCCCUUCCCUGCUCUUCUGUGGGAAGCCAGCUUGCUGGAUCAGAGGCAGUAACCCAAAGGACAAGAGUCAGAUCGGAAUUGCUGCCCGCUUGACCUUUGAAACCCUAGAAGGGGAGAAAACAUCUUCAGAACUGACUGUGGUCAAUAAUGGCACUGUGGCCAUUUGGUACAACUGGCAGCGGCAGUCCCAGCUGCAGUCUUUCCAAGACCUGAAGAGAAACAGGAUGCAGCGGUUUUACUUUAACAACCGGGCAGGAGUGAUUCUGCCUGGAGAAACUAAAAUAUUUACCUUCUUCUUCAAGUCUCUCAAUGCUGGGAUCUUCAGGGAAUCUUGGGAGUUUGGAACUCACCCUACCCUCUUAGGAGGUGCCGCCCUGCAGGUGAACCUCCACGCAGUCUCCCUGACCCAGGACGUUUUUAAGGAUGAGAGGCAGGUCCUGGAGAGUAAGCUGGCUGCCCACGAAGCCGUCACCAUUGUGAACAGUGUGCUGCAGGAGCUGCUGAGGGGGGUCCUGACCCCCGAGCGCACGCCAUCACCUGUGGACGCCUAUCUCACCGAGGAGGACUUGUUCCACCAUAAGAAUCCUUGGCUGCAUUACCAGCACCAAGUGGUACAAAACCUGCACGAACUGUGGCAUCAGUAUAUGACCCAGCCCCCCAAGGCUGAGGAGGCCAGGCCGGGUGAGGAGGAGCAGCUCAGCACCAGGGCCCGGGCCACCCUGGCCGAGUCAUCCUAUUUGGAGAAGGGUUCCGUGAGCUCAGAUCUCUCGGCACACUUGAAGGGCCCAGUCCUGGAAGUCCAACUGUCCCAGUCUAAGAAUGAGGCCCUCAGGGACUCCCGAGAUCCCUUGGUGACCCAGAAGUCCGGAGGGGUGGCCAAGCCACCUCAGUGGAAGAGCAUCAUGGAGGAGAUCCUGGUGGAGGAGAGCCUAGACGUGGAGAGCACCAAGAGCCCCUGGGAGCUGGAGAGCCUGCCCCUGCCUGAGUGGAACCUCUGCUUGGAAGACUUCAAAAAGGCAGUGAUGACCCUCCCUGAGGAGAGCCAGCGAGAAGACGCCCUAAGCAGACUCAACAGAGGGGCCCUGGAGCUGUGCCAGGAGCAGAGGCCACUACAGUCUGACUUCCUGCAUCAGACCUGUUUGCAGUUGUGGCGGGAUGUGAUUGACAGUCUGGUGAGCUACUCCCUGUGGCUGAGGGCUCUGCUGGGCCUGCCUGAGAAGGAGACCACUUAUCUGGAUGUGCCAGAUGAGCAAGAUCAGAAAUCACCUCCCGUCAUGGAAGUGAAGGCGACUUCUGGGAGAGUGGGAAAGGAGGAGCGGAAAGGGGCUUCCCAGGAAAAGCGGCAACUAGGAAUCAAAGACAAAGAGGAUAAAAAAGGAGCCAAGUUGCCAGGGAAAGAGGACCGUGCAAACAGCAAGAAGCAGAAAGCAAAGGAUGACAAGAAAUUAAUGAAAUCUGUGAGUCGGGAUAGGCUUUCCUUGGACGAUCCUGCCCCUGACAGUGUCAUCCCUUCCCAAGAACCAAUAGACCCCUUGGUCAUGGAGAAAUACAUCCUCAGGCUGCACAUCGAGGUCUAUGGGCUGCUGGACGUCCUGGUGACUGACAUGAUGGUCCUGGCUGACGAGCUCAGCCCCAUGAAGAAUGCUGAGGAGGGUUUCUAUCUUUGAAACUGACUUGCGCGCCCAAGCAGCCUUCUGGGAGCCAGUUAACAAAUCAAUAAAGAACUUUUAGUUUUCUGCCAUUUCCAUUGUGCCUUUGUGUCUUAGUUGUUGGAUUUUGAUGAGGUCAACUCAUGACCCAGCUCCGCCCUC